UUGUCACAGAGCGUCAAUGUAGUUGCUGGGAGAAGGGAGUUUUAGUUAGUUUAAGUACAAUUUAUUGUUGAAUUGAUUUAUUAGUUGAAAAUAUGGAAAAGUUUGUCUUUUUGUCAGUUUUUAUUCUUUUCUCAAAAUGUAAUGCUUUUAUUAAUAUUGACGAAGAUGGCGUAAAUAUCAUAGUUAAUGUUGCAUACGCAUCGUCAUGUCGGGCUGGAGAGGAUAGGUUUCGUACAUUUUUGGGAAUUGGAUUGUCUGAUUGUGUGAAAGAAUGUGGUCUACGGGCACAAUGCGAAGCAUUGAGCUACAGGAGACAGAUGCAAAUGUGUGCUUUGUUCACGACGACAGAAGACGGAAACCUUGGCAACGGAGAUUGCACCUAUAUCCCAGCUUCUAAUAUAGAUGUCAUAAAGACACCGUGUGGGACAUGCUCUUAUGGUCAGGUGUGUGACACAAGUUCAAAUGAAUGCAAAUCUGAAGGAUGCCUAAAUACAACAAACAACGUCGUGCGACUGGGAAAUCAGAAAAAGGUUGGCAGCAAGAAUCGCUAUAGAUGUAGCUAUGGAUAUAGGAACACGAAUGGAGUAAGCAAUGCCAUUUGUCAAGAGAAUGGUACAUGGAGUACGACUAUCGACUGUACAAGAGUUUGUAUGAAUCGACCUACAAUAAACAACGGGGCUGCCACUCUAGACAAGGUUAAUGGUAACCUCUACAUGGACACAGCCUCUGUAACGUGUAAUAUUGGUUACAACAGAAGUACAUCUACUAUCAGUUGUACAGCAUCAGGCCACUGGGAGAAUGCAACAUGUGAUCCUAUCUCUAGCUGUUAUGUAGACAAUGUCUGGACUUACGUUGGCACAAUAAAUGUCACAAAGACUGGCUAUCCUUGUCAGAGAUGGGCGGAUAAUUCCGGAGAUACACUUGUUCACGUUUCGUACUUUCCAGAGUCGUCAAUUUACGAAGCGGAAAAUUUCUGCCGAAAUCCUAACUCCAACCUUAACUAUCCUCUCUGGUGUUUCACCACUAAUCCAAGUGCGAGCAAUAGGUGGGAGCAUUGUGACAUUCAAAUUUGUUGACCAGCCACAUUUCGUCAACAGUUCACAGCGGAAAAGUAUUUUUCGAAAUCCUAACCCCAACAACUAUCCUCUCUGGUGUUUCGCCACUAAUCCAAGUGCGAACAACAGGUGGAAACAUUGUGACAUUCAAAAGUGUUAACGAACCAGUCAUAUUGCAACAACUGAAACGGAAAUUUACUGUUAUGAACCACGUGACACUGCAUAAUUCACUCAGGCCACGUCCUCGUGAAAUUAUUCCGCAAGCGUAUAACCAGAGACUUAGCCUAAGCCUUCUUAACACAAAGGGAAACAAUCUGUUUAUAUAGUGAAAUUGUUGAGUGAUCAUUUUGUUAAUCCUAAUCAUGUCCAUAUUAUAUCAGUGCAAAGGAAAAGUAUCCUAUCUGUGUUAAAUGCUAUGCAUGAUAAUAAUAUCAUGCAUUGAAAAGUCCUGAAAUUAAUUUCUUUGAUUUUCUCAUAUUUCUAGAUAUUUUCCCCAUACUUUGACGAAUAUAUAUAUAUAGGUAGUAGAUAUUGUUCACUUUCCAGCGGUAGCCUUUCCAACAUAUUUCACUUUGUGAAAUUCUGUGGGUUUUGACGUUUUCAAAAAAAAAAUCUGUUUGUUGACAAAUUUCACCACAGAAAAUGUCACAAUUUCCCCAGAGCAUUAACUUAUUUGAUCUUUACAUAAUUUCUUAUGCAGAUUGCUAAUCCAUGUGGCAAUUAUGUAUGCUUUUUCCCUGCCUAGAGGUAGUUUGCAUGAGGUUCUAGGCCAUUAGCCGCCUAAGCUUACCAUAAAGUCUUAGCUGAGUUGUCUUCAUUUUUUCCGCAUAUUUUUUCCCGGGGUCAUUUUUUUUUCAGCUCAAAUAACUCUUUUUUUCAGGAAAUGAUAUUUUGAUUUUUUUUUCAGUCUGCGUACUCUGAUGCAGUUAACUACACAUAUAUCUAAAAUAGAUAGUUCCAAGAUAAGUUUGUAUUUUUAGUUACACUGCCUAUACAACCUCACCGUAUUAUUUACCGUUCUGCUGUUUAUAUUAUUUCUUAAUUUUUAACCAUUUAAGCAAUCAUUGUGUAAUAAUGAACAUUACUGAAAUAGCCAAUGUAAACCCAUUUUUUU